CAAAGGGCUGAGUUGAUUGAAGCAAAAACUUCAAGUGUCGGAGGCAAAUGAGCUUUCCUCUGCCCCAUGUCCUCCCGAAAUCUAGAGAAGGACCACCUCAAACCAAGCUCAUAUCCACGGGGGGAUAGUACUAGUCAGUCAGCCAGUCAGUUUGCCUCCACAGGGCACCGC